GCCGCUGCCUGUUUGAAAGCGUCACAGAAGCCCGCACCGCAGCGUUCGCUAAACAGAACCCUAUCGGGCCUGUCGCCUCCAUACUCGUCUUGUUUCAUAUCUUUGAGGACGGAUACACGUUUGGAUAUCUUUUUUUCCAGCGUCGCUGGUGUUGUGGACACGAUAUCGAGUGACACGGAUUGAAUCCAAACUGUCCAGCCUGCCUUUUCCUGCACCAGAGUGCUUAUUGCCAGUACCUGUUGUAGGCUCUGCAUGCUUGUUCCCCUCCAGUGAUUCCUUAUGCUUGAUCGAAGCAGCACCCUGUGUCUUACAGGAUGGAUGGUGUGGACUUAAAGAGACUUGUGUGUCAACAUCAGCACUCUGCAUUCUGCUGUGGUGUUCAGUCUUUUUCCAUUUAUGAGAGAACACCUCCCAUCCUACUACUUCAGUCCCCACACUAUAAAUAUAAAGACUGUCUCUGAGCAGGAAAAAAAGACAGCCGCUGAUCAAAGUCCUCGCUCUCUCUAUCUUUCUUUCUUUUUAAAGCACAGAUAGACCCCCCAGAAGCCUUUUGGGCCGACAUGGAAUUAUUAUUUUUUUAAAUUUUCAGAUAUUGUACCCCCUUACUUGUGUGGGUGGUGGGAUGUCGGAAAAGCCAGACGACAAAAUGGUGAAGUUCCUGGCCCCCCCCCAGAAAAGUCGGAACGGCCCCAGUUCCGGUUCGGAUUCGAUGGUGAGUGAGGGUCGGCCUGCAGAAGUCAGUCGCCGGCAUCACACCAUGGAGCGAGAUCGAUGUAACGCUGAACAUCGUUUUUUACGCCGUAGUGUCAUCAGCGAUUCCAAUGCCACCGCGUUGGCCCUCCCUUUACCUAGCAAAAUCCCCAUCCCUGUACCGCAACCAGUCCAGCAACGGGAAUCUGUCCCCCUGCGCCAAACGGCUGUUAGUACACACUUACAGAAGACUGAACCCAGUUUACCUAAGAAUGAAAAGUCUGCGAGCAGUGGAAGACAGAGAGAAGAGGGGAAGGAUAAUGAAAAAGACAAGGUGAAUGUAGUGCCUUCAGAGCAAGAGCCUGCUGUCGCUCAAGAUAGCUAUGAUGGAGAGGUGUUGGUAGCUACCCACACUGUAACACGCUUAGGAACGGAACUGCCAAGUCAAACAGGACCUGAAAGAAUCGCUGAGGCAAAGGGACAUCCAGAAGAAGAGGGGGAGGAAGAAGAUAAGGAUUCUGCCAAAGCGCGCGCAGAGGCAGAGCAGAGGGAGGCUGAGAAACGAGUUCAAGAGGACAUCGAGGAGGCAGAGACCAAGGCAGUGGGAACAUCACCUGAUGGUCGAUUCCUGAAGUUCGAUAUAGAAAUCGGCCGUGGCUCCUUCAAGACUGUCUACAAGGGCUUGGAUACCGAAACCACUGUGGAGGUGGCCUGGUGUGAGCUGCAGGAUCGUAAGCUGUCAAAAACCGAGCGCCAGCGUUUCAAGGAGGAAGCCGGGAUGCUAAAGGGACUUCAGCAUCCCAACAUUGUUCGCUUUUAUGACUCAUGGGAAGGACCGUCCAAAGGCAGGAAAUGCAUUGUAUUGGUCACUGAGCUCAUGACUUCUGGCACACUCAAAACUUAUCUGAAGCGGUUCAAGGUGAUGAAAAUCAAAGUGUUGCGAAGCUGGUGCCGACAGAUCUUGAAGGGACUUCACUUUCUUCAUACCCGGGCUCCUCCGAUCAUCCAUAGAGACCUCAAAUGUGACAACAUUUUCAUCACGGGCCCGACAGGAUCCGUGAAGAUUGGAGACCUCGGACUGGCCACACUCAAGCGCGCCUCCUUUGCCAAGAGUGUCAUAGGUACCCCUGAGUUCAUGGCGCCUGAGAUGUAUGAGGAGAAGUACGACGAGUCAGUGGAUGUGUAUGCCUUUGGAAUGUGCAUGCUGGAGAUGGCCACCUCAGAGUACCCUUACUCAGAGUGCCAGAAUGCUGCACAGAUCUACCGCAGAGUUACCAGCGGGGUGAAGCCAGGCAGCUUCGACAAGGUGGCCAUUCCUGAAGUCAAGGAGAUCAUUGAGGGAUGUAUUCGCCAGAACAAAGAUGAAAGGUACUCAAUCAAGGACCUUCUGAACCACGCCUUCUUCCAGGAGGAUACAGGUGUGCGAGUGGAGUUGGCAGAAGAAGACGAUGGACAAAUGGAGGCUAUUAAACUGUGGCUUAGAAUUGAAGACAUUAAAAAGCUCAAGGGGAAAUACAAAGACAACGAAGCAAUUGAGUUUUCUUUUGACCUCAACAAAGAUGUCCCAGAGGAUGUGGCUCAGGAGAUGGUUGAUUCUGGUUACGUGUGCGACGGUGAUCACAAAACCAUUGCGAAGGCCAUAAAGGACAGGGUGUCUCUGAUCAGUAGAAAGAGGGCUCAGCGACAACAGGUCAGAGAAGAUCAAGAGAAGAGAAGGCUGGAAGAAGAACAGCAGACACAGUUGCCCUCAGCACAGCAACCGGGCCAGCAGUCCGGUGUGGAGGUGCCUCUGUCGCAGCCCGUGCCCCCGGCUGCCUCCUACGUCCCUCCACAACCGACACAACACAGCACGCAGAUGCCUGCCCAGGCAGCUUCUCAGCAGAGCCUUCAGAGCUACAGCAGCCCUCAGUCAAACCAGAUGGCUGCGGGGACGCAGGGGGGCCAGUAUGUUCCCCAGUCGAGUGGGCAAGUUCCAGUUCCAGCCGCAGUCCCCGGUCAGAGUGUAGCCUCUGCUCAGCCCGAGCCGGAGGAGCCCGAGACUGACCAGCAGCUGCAGCACACUGGAGGCUGGGACGUUGGCGACAGACCACACGGUUCUUCCGUCUUUCCCGAAGCUCAGCCUCCUCAGCCUGGCGUGUCCUACACCUCUCCUCCCAGUCAGCACCUUCAGUCCCAGGCGUCCUGCUCCCAGGCUCAGAAUGACCAAAUGCAACAGCAGCAUUUGUCUCUGGUUCAACCUCAGAUGCCAGGAGGCCAGCCCGAUGCUGUUCCUGUUGCUCCGUCCAGCCAGUCUGUUCAAGCGGCGCCUUCACAGUACGGAGUUUACUACCAACCAUCGCUCCCCCCGCAGAUUCCCAGCCAGCAAGUGUUGAUGCCCCCGACUACCCAGCCGUCUCUCCCCCAGCAGCAGCCAGAGAGCAGCAGCGCUCUGCAGAGUUCCGCUUUGCCGCAGGCUCAGACAGGAACUCAGCAGCUACAGGCUCCGGUGAUUGUUCCUCAGUCCACAUCAGCAGAGCAGCCAGCAGGACCCUCUGCCCUAGUGCCACCUUCUGGAGAGAGCUGCCUCUCAGACACAGCGUCAGGUCUUAGUGAUGGCAACGAUGGUUCUACAUCAGGAGGCCGCCAUGAGGGUCGGUCACUGAAGCGGCACCAAAGGCGCUCCGUACGCAGCCGCUCUCGCCACGAAAAGUCGACCAAAGCCAAACUGAACGUUCUUAAUAUCUCGAAUGUGGGAGACCGAGUUGCAGAAUGCCAGCUGGAAACACACAAUAGGAAGAUGGUGACCUUCAAAUUUGACCUGGAUGGUGAUAAUCCAGAGGAGAUCGCCCAAAUCAUGGUUGAAAGUGAGUUCAUCCUGGAGAACGAGCGGGAGUCCUUCAUCGAGCAGGUCCGUGAAGUCAUAGAAAAGGCUGAUGAACAGAGAGAAGGCACGAAAGAGAACUUUCCUCAGAAGAGUGACCAACAACAGGCUGAGCUGUCUGUUCCCAUGAUGCCAGGUAUUCCCCCCAGCACUGCAGCUCAGGUGGUGCACUCGGCCGGCCGCAGGUUCAUCGUCAGCCCGGUGCCGGAGUCUCGUCUGAAGGAGCAGUUCUUUGGACCGCCCUCUGCUAACACCUCGAUCAGUGAUGACACUGGCCCAGAUCCCUCGGUGCCUCUGGGCCUUUCCCUCUCGGCUCCAUCUGGGACCCUUCAGCAGGCUUUCAGUAAAAUGAAGCAGGAUCGUCUUGAAAGAGGCAAAACUGUUGAUCUCCCCACUACCGAGUCAGUUUCAGGCUCCGUCCUGCCCACCGACGGCGGUUUAUCGUCCAGCAAUGUCCUGUCUCCUCCCGAAGCCGCACCCUCCACCACCGCCGCUGCUGCUGCUGCAACCCCCACACAACCUCCGCCAGCAGGAAGGGUUUCCCCGACUCCCUCAGCUGUUCAGCCCCAGUCAGAUGUCAGUUCACCGCCAAAGUCCUCUCAUGAGACCGCAGCAGCUAGCGUCCCUCCCUCAGCUGCCGCGGCUUCUUCUCCAAACACGCAGGCCUCCGUCCCCGCUGCGCCCGGCCCCCAGCUGAGCAGCAGCUCCGUCUCUGCAACUCCCCCCGCCGCAGCUUCAUCCAGCAGUGCUGGAAGUGUCUCCGCUUCAGAACCGUUUACCGGCGCUGCAGCGUCUACUCAGCCUGUAAAUCCAUCCAACCAAGCGCCGCAGCACACAGCGUCCCAGGGUCAGCCCGCUCCCGGUCUAAACCAGGCCCAGCCGCCGCCGCCGGCGGAGUCGGAGGGAGCCGAACCGCAGACCAAAACAAACGGCAGAGACGACAUCCAAGCCUUGGAUAAGAAGCUCCGCUCCCUCUUUAAAGACCAGAGCUCUGCUUCCUCGGCAUCAGUGGAUCCCAGUCAGAGCACGGGGACGUCCUCCCCUCCCACCGGAACCUCCUCCCCCCCGCCAGGACCUGCCCUCGUACCCCCAUCUAACCUCCCACUCACCUCUGGGGCGCAAGGUGUUCUGGGCCCCACAACCACUCCAGGGCAGGGCAUCACCCCAGCAGGACAUGCCCAGACCCCCCCAUCCAAGCCCCGGGCUCAGACUCUACCAACUGGGUUUGACCAUGCUGCUAUACCUUCCUUGGAUCUCGUGCCGCCAAUUCCUGGCCCAAAUCAGUCCCAGCAGCCUCUGGGUAAUCCGGACACCCAGGUUAGAAACGCUUUGAGUCCAGAGACGGUUCUGGAAAGUGCGAAUUCCCAAGCCCCGGCGGCAGAUUUCACUUUUGGACGUUUCCACGUCUCUGUGGCCUCAGACAGCGCAUCAAGCAGCGUUCCAGGUCCCUCCAGCAUCGUUUCUUCCUCCUCCCUGACUUCGUCCUCGACUUCCUCCUCAUCCUCAAGUCCAGAAAACACCCUCCAUCGGUCGUCCGGCCUGCCGAAGCAUCUGUGUGAAACUGACGCUGUGAACGGAACCUCUUCCCUCUCUGCCGGCCCGACCAGCCAGCCCACCACCAUCGGGCGGUUCCAGGUGUCCGCGAGCAGCAACGCUUCGUCUGAACCCAACGCCGGCUCUAAAGUGGGACGAUUCUCAGUAACAGUCACCCCCGCUCCGGCCGCCAGCUCCAGUCCGUCUCACAGCGGCAGCAUGCAGAACGGGCCCUCGUCGUCGACCUCCGACCCACAUAACGCACACCCUCAUUACAGCAGCGACAACGACGACGACUCGGGGACGGAGGACGAAGCCCUGCAGAAAGAAAUCAGCCGUCUGAGGGAAAAGCACAUGAUGGAGAUUCAGGCCUUGCAGACCCGGCAGAAAGACGAGAUCGAGGCCCUGUUCACAAAGAUGGGGAAGCAGCCCCCUCCCUCUGUUUUCUCCCCGGCGGUGGCCAUGGCCGGAGGCCGGCGGAGGCUGAAGAGCAAAAGCCACAAAUCUGCACGGAGUAGCGGACAGCCAAGCCCGAUACACUCAGCAACCAGCCAGAAUUCAGAGUCCCCUCCAAAGCAAAGUUCUCUCUCUGCAACGGAAGCCUCAGAAACUACAAGAGAGGCGUCUCAAGGAGGCAGCAGGUCGUCUGCGCAGCAGCUCGUCUCCUCUCCAUCCAUGCCUAGCCUCAGUAGCUAUGGCACAGGAUUAGGCGGGAGCAGCUCCACAAACGGUUCGGCCUACUGCCAGAACCAUUCCGGCUCCCUGACCCAGGCCGCCGGACCUUCUCCCCCCGCGUCUCACUCCCAGAAGGGCAAGGGCACCUUCACGGACGACCUGCACCAACUGGUGGACAACUGGGCCAGAGACGCCAUCAAUCUCUCCCAGUGCAAGAGAGGUCCGAAAACUGGAGCGCAGGGAAUUCUGGGACACGACAUUAUUCCUCCAGCCAACAUGGGUCGUAAAUUUUCUGCUCCAGGUUACCUCUGUCCGACGCUCCCGACGCCCUCCAGCAACACAUCCACCACCAACACCCACCUCCCCAGCCAGGCCAAUCCCUCGGCCCCUCUCGGCCCCCGGAAAGGCUCCCUGGGCCCCGUCGCCCCGGGGUUCGGAUACGCCUCGGCACCGUACAGCGCCCCCCAGUGGGCAGGACCCACAAGUACAUGCCAAGUUGGAAUGCUGAACCCGACGCAGCCGCUGACGCAGUACCAGCCGCCCACCACGUCCUCAGUGCCCCCGCACCAAGGCUACCACAUGGGAACUGCACCAGCGCCCCAGAAGUUUGUGAACCCGGGAGCGUCGAACCCGAGGCCCACCGAGUCCACCCCGAGCUCUGGCUCAGGCUGACCCGCGGGGCGGCGCCAGGGUGGAGAGGUCAGACAGUUGACGGAAACCCCAGCCUCUCCCGCCGGCCAGCCGGCUCGGCAUCGCGCUCCUUAUUUCAACAUUUAUUCUACGUUCUUUGGGUCAUGAAGUUGAUCUGUGUGGUUCAAGUCGUCCGAGGUAGAGUGCAAUACACAUCCGCGGCACAACGUCUCCCACUUUAACCUGCCAUUAGCUGUAACGCGCCGUGACGAGUCGGCCGGCUGUGUCUGGUCACGCAGAAACCCAGAGGCACAACCAGCAGCAGCCAAAGAUGUCUUUCGAGAGCAGAUGUUGCAAUAUCGUCAUUCCUUUGAGCAGAAGGCGUGGAGGGAUCGUGGCUCAUGUCCUUACUGAUCUGGUCUGCGAAGUAGAGCUGGGACUGAAGUCUUUAACCCGGUCGAGAGUUCUGGGAGGGGAGGUUAAGUCGUUUGAGCGAGCGAGGGGAGGACGAGUGUACAGGAAGUGGGACAGGAGAAGGGAGCUGUAGUGUGAGCAGAAGAAAGACUUGGUAAGUUAGGUAGCAUACUGAAUAGGGUUGCAGGAAGAUUUCAUCCCAGUGUCUAUGGAAAUGCAAUAAUGACAAAAUAGCUUGGAAAAAAAAAAAGAAGAAAAAACUAUCCCCGUAAACUGUGGCCUUAAUCUCCAAACAUGAAAACAUUGGCUUUGUACAUAGAGAUGUCUUCGUUGAGUUAUGAUUCCAUGUUCUCCAUAUUUAUGUCUGUGAUUGGAGUUGUCUCUCAUGCAGAUUUCUUCUUAUCCUGAAUUAUUCUUUCAGUCUUGACACGUAAGCCAGUGGAUCUGCCACUCAAAGAAACAUUUACCUGGUGUUGACCACCAAUCAGAGUAAAGAACUGAAGAGCUGAUGCUGCUGUAGAUUACAAUCUGAGUAGAGGGUGUUUGCAGGGUGUUUUUUUUUUUUUUUUGUUAUUUUUCCCAAAUUGACAUGUGAAACCACACAGGAGCAGGCGGAAUUAUCUUUUCAUAUUCAAAAACGAGACAGCUUUGUCGAGGUAUUAUCGGAGGGUUUCGGACCGAGGGAAGUAUGAACACUUCUCCAAGUUGUUUACACAAAUAAAACCGAUUGGAAGCGAGAGGUCACACAACAUACUUCUGCCCAUUACAUUGAUCCGUGACCUCUCAAAUCACAAGUGUCUGGGGUUAUCUCUCUGUGGUCUGUUUUUGUAUGCGUAUAUUUAAUAAAACGAUGUUCUUUAUGGACCUGUAUUCAGCCAUCAGAUUUUGAUGUUGUUUCACUGUAAUUAAUAUUAAAGGUUGUUAAACAACAUGUAGUUAAAGGAAUAUAAAAAGUGCAAUUGCAGGGUGGUUGUUAUUGGUAUCCCUCUCACCGCGCAGGAGCCAUCCUGCAGUUUAUUAAGCUCGUCUAUCUAUAACUGCCCUGCCCUGUUUUUUUUUUUGUUUUUUUUUUAAUUUUCUUGUACAUAUGUUAAUGUGAGGUGAAUGCUUUCACAAACCGCUCAGUCACUCAGAGUCCGCUUGUGGUGACCCCCACCCCCCCCCCCCCCCACUCUCUAAUGCACAUGCACUCUAUCCCGCAAAACCACCAGGAACACUUUAGUGCCUUGCAUCCACACUAAUGACAAGUUCCAGAUUCAUUUCAUUUCGUCCCGUCGCUGCGACCGUCCUCCAGGGAACGCGCAGGCAGGACUGAUAGCACACCGAGCGUCAGUGGAAACCAGGCUUGUUUUUCCUCCCUCCAGUUGUGCGUGUUGUGAAAUCGGCUGUGCGCUUCGGCAUGGCUCACGUGACCCUUGUUUUUUUUUUUUUUUUGUGGAUUUAUCAUUAAACCGGUUCACGGAAGACGCUCGUCGGCGCGGCGGCUGAGCCGUGCAAAGGUUCCCAGAAGCCGUCGCGCUGACGCAGGUCCUCUCUCUCCACCUCGCAGUGCCAUGCCGCCGUGACUCUUUCACCUGCUUGUAGAUCGAAUGAAUAGUUUUAACUUCUCUAGAGAAAAAAAUAAGUUACUGCAAUGCAGAAUAUGCAAUGUUUUAUAGGGACUGAGGGGUAUUGGAAACACUUGCAUGCUGUUGAGGGUUGUUACCGAUUUCAAUGUUUUUGAUAUGGGAAUAUUAGAGAUUUUCUUUUUUUUUUAUUUGCCUUUCUGACAAUAUCACAAGUGUCCAAUGCCAUUCAUCAAUAUAACAGGCACAACUUCAAUAUCACGACCAUCCUAGGUUCUGCAUGCCGGCUUCACUGGUGUUUAAUCUUACAAAAUGCUGACCAACGCACCACUGGCCACUGUACAGCACAUCAUCGCCGCCAGCAGGCUUCAGCUCCGUGUGCUUCUACUGUGCUACUAUCGGUUGGUUUCACAGGCCGCUCUAUAUACAGUACUGUCCGAGGCUGCUGAUCGACGGCCACACGCUUUAUUUUCUGAUCCCUCCUUACUGACUCCCAGUGAUUCAGUGUCUGUUUUGUGUCCGUUUUUCACAUUGUACAAAAUGUAAAAACAAAUAAAAAGAUAUCAAUUAAAGUA